AUAUACUCUCAGUAGUUUAUAACAGUACACUUUCGUAGAUUGAUCAACAUUUAGAUUAGUUUAACGCCACCGUAAUAGUUUACGGGGACAUGUGAAGACAUCACUAGUCGACCGCAUGGUGUGAAUGUCGUAUGGUUAUAGCAUGGCUUCGUGCACUAUAUAUUUUCUCGUGUACUUUUUAUUGAUCGAAAUGAAUGUUGCCGCCAAUUCUACAAGGAAUUAUUGUCCUAAUACAAAAACGUCAUUAAAUGCUAUAAGGAAAAGGAGACAUCUAGCCUUCCCUGAUGGUAGUGCGGCUUCGAUAACAAUAUCUGGGGCUAAGUCGUUCCUCACCCACGUACCCUCAGGGUGGAUGAUGACUACGGAUCUAGAUGUCCUGUUUCCGUUACCAGACAUGAAGUUCACAUUGGCCCACGCGCGGAGGAAGUUGCACCAUCGACAAAAGAGGAAUAUUUGGGAGACGUUACAGACUGCUUUGAAUUAUCACAAUUAUAACGGGCGUGCUUGUAUCCUGAAAAGCAUCUGUGAAGCGAAGCUGUACUUGGCUCCACCAGGAAAGUCGUUAGUUCACGAUAUGCUGCGAGUAGUUUUUACAUCACCAUCGUUCGAAGAAGAAUUUCGCAAAGAAGUGGAGAAUUCCUUCUCAGAAUUACUUGAUCCAAAUUUUUGUGAUAUAUUUUACGAAUGCCCCAUAUCAUUCAUACAAAUGAUGUUGGCGUUCAAUAAGCCGACUAAUUCUCCUAACCUUGUGUCCAAAGAAAAAAGUUUUAAUUAUUUUUAA